UCUGGGGGUUUUAUGUCCCUUAUUAGGCAUUUCCAGGCUCAACUUUGAAGGCAAAUCACCUGAGAUAUGGAGGUAUUGUUUGUACUUUUAUGAAGUCGAAAAAUGAAUACUUUCCACCUAUGUACUUAGGUGUUCCAACAUUGUUAUGCCUCAGCACCAAUAAGGUGCUGAGCAUCGAGAAACCGCGAACUAUGGAGUUCGCCACGAAUCCGCCCCUGUUGAGGCCCAAGAGGUCGUCGGAAAUCGACCUGCAGACCUGCAUCGACAACUUCAACGUACACCGGGAUAAAAUAAUCAGGACCCAGGACUCGCAGAAUAUGGGCGCAAAGUAUUUGAACGAAAUCGAUCUGGGAAGUCGGGAGGAGUGUUUGAGGUUAUGCUGCGAGACCGUCGACUGUGACGUUUUUGUUUUUGAGGAAAAGAACGCGGGCAGUUGUUACUUAUUCCAUUGCGGUCCGCCCGAAGACUUCAAGUGCAAAUUCACCCAUCACGUGAAUUACUCGAGUGCGGUCUUAUCGAUAAAUCGACGUGUGCCGGACCUGGAGAGUCAGAUCAAGCUCACCAAACACAUCCAGGAUUUAACCAAAUUACGGAAGCCUGAGGGGGAUUCCCAGAGCGAGGUGAUCAGAACCGAUGAGGUUAAGGCCACUAGUACUCAGGCUCCGGUGAUUACCAAAGAAGUGAUUCCCGUGGAGAAACAACCUGAAGCCGCGAGAAAAUGCAGCCGUUAUCAGUUCGAGUGUCGCUCGACCGGCGACUGUAUCGCCAUCUAUAACGCGUGCGACGGAAUACCGCAGUGCGCAGACGCGAGCGACGAGGGUCACGAGUUGGGUUGCCCCGCCCCCGAGGCGGUUCUUCAACAAGCCCAACCCACCGUCCUGGCCCCGCCCCUGGUCGCUACUAAGAAGGCGCCUGCGCCGCCCACGAUGCCGGAUCCCGCUCAACAGCAGCAAUACGGGCGGGAAGGGGGAGGAGGAGAAUUGCUCGUCCAACAACAACCAGCGUCGGCGCCAAUAAUAAAUAAGCCCCAACAAGGAUUAAUGUACCAAAACCCCGUGUAUCAUGGGCAACAGCAGCAACAGCCACCGCCCCAUCAAAUUGGGCCUCAAAUAAGCCCCGAGGGUGACUUUUUGCGACCGGUUUCGGACCCUUUAAGGGGGGCACCACUUAUGCCCAACUAUUUGGGGUUCGGGAACAAUUGGGCGGCCACAGGAGGGCGGCAACCGCCGCCUUAUCAAGAUACUAGCGGUGCCAUCUAUCCUCGUAAAGAAACAGGACCCCAAAGUGAGGUUAAUCAGCUGCAAUAUCCCGAAUAUCCUGCAGCUCGUUUGGGGAAUUAUUAUGGGGACAAUUACAGGCAGCCAGAGAGUUGGCCCAUGGACGAUUCUAGGUAUCAGCAGCCCUUAAUGUUCCAUCCCCAAGAAAGUAUUCCCUUAGUACCAGCAGUGAAACCUGAAGAGACGAGCCGUAUAGCAGAGGGAGAUCAUGAAAAGCCUCUGGAACCAGUGGUAAACUCGAAGCAUAUCCAAGAAAAAUUGGCCCACGACCUAAAACACUCCAAAGAGCACAUGGAGCAUGGCCAGAGCCAAAAAUCCAAACCCACAGAGCGAGAGAUGACUUCACAUCCCGAGUUGGUUUAUCCAGAGCCGUAUCGCUUGAUUGACGACACCCAGGACGGUCUGUCCCAUAUACCCAGAGGGGCCAUUCUGUCCCUUACUUUGGGUCUAAUAAUAACCGCUGUGAUGGCGGUACUUAUAGGGUGUCGCCUGAGGGUGGUAAGGAGGAGAUUGAGGAAGGGCGGCAAAGGUUACGCCCACGACGCCGACUACUUGGUCAACGGCAUGUACUUGUAGUGAUAAUCGUCGAAGAGUAUUGUAUAAAUUUCAUUUAUUUAGUUUUAGACUGAUUGAUAUUCAGGCGACAUAUUCUAAAGUUUUUUAACGAAUGCCUUGUUUUUAUUGUAAUCGUAUUGGAUUUUUGUUUUUUUAUAAUUAGGCAAUUUGGGCGUUAACGUAUCUCUGUUUACACGAGUUCUUACUUAAUUAAAAAAAAAUGACCAUU